AAAAAUCUCCGCAGACGCUCAGGACGCUCCUGUGCCGCACCGUUCGACGUGACACAACGUCAGAAAUCUCGCAGGACAGCCCUGCUAAGGCCGAGACCAGGAAUACGCAGCAGUUCCGCCCGCAAUAGACUCCACAGGGCCACAAGCUCCAGCAGACCAGGAACAGUAUGCGCCGCAUCUUCGGCGCCAGAAAAGCGAAAGCCCCCGCGCCGUCAUUGGGAGACGCGAGCCAAAGACUAGACGAGCGCACGACCGCGUUAGAUGAAAAGAUCCGCAAGCUCGACAUUGAAUUAGCCGGGUAUAAAGAAAAACUAAAAAAAGCGCGAGGGGCUGCGCAACAAACCCUCAAACGACGAGCCAUGGGCGUACUGCGGAGGAAGCGCAUGUACGAGCAGCAGCGCGACCAGCUGGCGGGGCAAGCCUUUAACGUGGAACAGACGAACUUUGCUAUUGAUUCUGUCAAAGAUACAUUAACGACGGUCCAGGCCAUGAAGACCGCCUCGAAGACCCUCAAGAAGGAGGUGAAGAAGGUCGACCUGUCGCAGAUCGAAGACCUGCAGGACGAUUUGGCCGAUAUGAUGGAAGAUGUUAAUGACGUGCAGGAUGUCCUGGGUCAAUCGUAUGGGAUUGGCGACGACAUCGACGACGCGGAUCUGGACGCGGAGCUCGACGCGCUGGGCGACGACUUCGACGACGUGGCCGACGCCGACGCGACGCCCGCGUAUUUGCAGCCGGCGGACCCGUCGUUGAUGCCGGACCAGCCGACGGACGCGCCGGUGCAGGCCGACGACGUCGACGAGUUCGGGCUGCCCGUCGCGGCGGCUUCGUAAGUGGCAUUUUGUAGUGA